AUGGUUCUGACCACAGGCCUCGCAUUUGCUCAAUUCAAAUUGUUGAAAGCCCCAAUAGAGCUCCUUUCAGAUUUCAAAAUAUGUGGACUCUACAUGCUCAAUUUGUUGAGGAAGUUGCUAAGGUAUGGAGGUCUAAUGGAGAGGCUAAUCCCUGGAAUAAUCUGUAAAAAACUCCAAAAGAAGGUGGAAGCACAUCUGAAGAAGUGGAAUUGGGACACUAUUGGCAUUAUUCAUGAAAACCUGAUUAAUACACAAAGUAAAGUUAUUAAUAUGGAAAAGAUUUUUCAAAGGGGUUUAAAUUCUGAAGUUGACCUUCAUAAAGCUAAUGAAGAGCUUCUAAUGCAAAUUAACUAUUCUGAAAGUUUUUUGAAGCAGAAGGCUGCUUUCUUGUUCGAUGCUGAGGCUAUUGCCCAAGAUGCUGUACAUUACUUCCAAAAUCUUUUUAAUGAUCAGUCAUCUUCUAGAGCUCAGAUCAAUAUAGAGCUCUUCUCUGAUUGUCAAGAAUAUGUCCAUAAUUUGGAACUAAAUAAUAUCCCCUUGGAAGGAGAAAUUAAAGCUGCUUUGGAUUCUAUUGAUGACCAUAAGGUGGCUGGCCCUGAUGGCUUCACUGCUAUGUUUUGUAAGGCUACUUGGAAUAUCAUCCAUGAGGAGUUUGUUGCUGCAGUGCAAAGCUUCUUUAAAGGUAUUGAUCCCCCUAGGUAUUUUACUGCUUCCACUAUAAAUUUUAUUCCCAAAAAUUCCAACAGGGUUGGGUCGGGUGAUUUCAGACCUAUCAGCCUAACAAAUGUUACUUCUAAAGUAUCAGUAAGAUAA